GACGCACAGUGAUAGGCUGCCAGCCCCUACAUCUAAGGAAGAAUGAUACCGAUCGUGAUCCUCUGCCUUUCCAUCUGCUUUCAGUAUUCAGCAACUGAGUCGGAAGAGGAGCUUCUAACAACAAACCAUCCCUUAGCCAGACACCAGGUUUCUACAUUCCCACAAAAUCCAAAUAAACGGGAAAUUGCAUGGAUUCCAACUGCUGCUCCUUUCAGCGAUUAUGGAAAUGAUACAACUCAGCAUCCAGCAGGCGGUUCUAGAAGGAAACGGGCAGGUGGCAGGAAAAUCACUAUUCCCCCAGAAAAUAUUGAAAAAAUGAAAAAUGUCCCCUUUUCUGCUCUGUCUACUGAUCUGGAGUCUAACAGGCAGAGCAUCCUGAAUGUACACAAUGAGUUACGGAGGAAUGCAAACCCACCCCCGUCCAACAUGCUGAAAAUGGUAUGGAGUGACUUAGCUGCAAAAUCAGCAGCUAAAUGGGCCAAUUCAUGCAAGCAAUAUCACAGUCUAAAGCCAGAGCGGACAAUUCCUGGGUUCAGCUGUGGGGAGAACCUCUUCAUGGCCUCAUAUAAAGCGAGUUGGGAGGACGUCAUUAGGGCAUUCUAUAGUGAAAUUGAGGAUUUUCUGUAUGGAAAAGGAGCCAAGGAAGUUGGUCUUCAGAUCUUGCAUUUUACACAGGUCAUGUGGUUUAGUUCAUGGUUGGUUGGCUGCGCUGCGGCCCAGUGCCCCAUAACCGAUCACUCAUUAGAAUUCUACUUUGUUUGUCACUACGCCCCAGCGGGAAACUAUGGCAAUGUCGGUAUCCCGUACAAAACUGGCAAGCCCUGUGAAGACUGCAAAUCAUCGUGUGAAAAUGGCCUCUGCACCAACGGAUGCAAUUUUCAAAACAAAUUUAGCAACUGCGACACCCCCGACACUCACUGUGACACAGACCCGACGGCUAAGAACGACUGCCCCGCAACCUGCAACUGCCUUAAAGAGAUCCAUUGAUUUCCUUUGUAUCUAUAACGAGGGAUUCAAAUCAUUUCUAUGCGCUUCUUUGCUCCUCAAUUACAAAUCAAAGCAAAAGGUGAAAUGAAACCUGAUUAUUCCUAAAUCCUCCAGGGACAGAUGUAUGGGUGAUAAAUCACAAUAUUCUUUCUACAUAAUCAUCAUCAUUGAUUUUAAUCCAAUACAAAUCAUUAUAAGAACUUUCCAAAUUCCCGUAAUUCUGGCUGUAGCAUCCGAUAUAAUAAAGCAAGUGGAAAAGCA